CCUCUCCUUCCAUUGAUCCCGGAGCGCUCUCCGCACCGCCGCCUCAUCGCAUUGCUCCUCUGCGCUUAUCUGCAUUUUUCGUCUUUUCUUUUUUUUUUCUUUUCUCUUUUAUUUUCUUCCAGGGUGGGGGCACCGGUGCAUUUUUUGUAGGGACCAAAAUAACGUCCCCCUUGCCUCCCCAUCCCUGAGCUCCCUCCGUUAAACCAUGGCCAGCACCGAGGAUAAAGAGGCCAGCAAGGAGAAGGCGUCCAGCUGGAAGGACUCCUUCUACAACCCGAGGACCGGGGAGCUGCUGGGUCGGACGGCCAGCAGCUGGGCCCUCAUCCUGCUCUUCUACCUGGUCUUCUACUGUUUCCUGGCCGGCAUGUUCGCCCUGACCAUGUGGGUGAUGCUGCUCACUCUGGAUGAACAUGUGCCGAGGUACAGGGACCGCCUCCCCAAUCCAGGAUUGGUGAUCCGCCCAAACUCCUUGGAUAUAUCAUUCAAUAAAUCUGAUCCGCUGAAGUAUGCAGAUUAUGUCCGAAGCUUGGAAACCUUCCUCCAAAGAUACAAUGAUACGGAGCAGCUGGCAGUGGAAGGCUGCAGUCCAGGAGUGUACACCGAGGAGGUGGGGGAGGAGGGCGCCCCAAGGAAAGCAUGUCCCUUCAAAAGGUCCACCCUAAGCUUCUGCUCUGGCCUCUCUGACACUAACUUCGGGUACCAUGAAGGAAAACCCUGUGUGCUGCUGAAAAUGAACAGGAUCAUUGGCCUGAAGCCACACGGGGAUCCCUACAUCAACUGCACCGUUAAAAAAGAAAACCCGGUUCAAAUGCAUUAUUUCCCCCAAGAGGCGCGCUUUGACAAGAUGUAUUUCCCCUAUUAUGGCAAGAAAGCCCAUGAGAAAUAUUUGCAGCCCCUGGUGGCCGUGAAGCUGCUGCUCACCAAGGAGGACUACAACAAGGAGCUGUCUGUGGAGUGCAGGGUGGAGGGCUCCGACCUUCGCAACAACGACGAAAGGGACAAGUUCCUGGGCCGCGUCACCUUCCGGAUCAAAGUCGUAGAGUAACAAGAGGCGGCUCCGACCAAUUAGCAGCAACAACAACAAAAAAUAAAUGUUUAAAUCAGAUAAAGGUUUGGGUUCUACCAUGAGAAGCUGCUUGGUAUCACAUGUUGCUUUGUUUUUGUUUUUUUUGCUGAUCUCUACCCUGAACAAAAAGUUUCUAGACCCGCCCCGUUUUAUCCUCUACUUAGUUUAGAUCUUUUUAUUUCUUUAUUGCUGAUGUGAUUUAAUAACCUAUAGCCAUUGGAACCAAGCUGUUUGGAGCUGUUGUGUAAUUGCUGACCUUUCAUUUGUAACCUUCCUGGUUGCCAGGUUGAGUGUGUGGUUUCCACCCCCGAGUCUGUAUGAGGGACCCUCUUACUUUCUGGUUUUUCCCGGAUUUUAGAUCUUACUAUAUCGUAGAGCUGAAAAAGUAGAACACUUCCAGCGUAUCUCUCAUCUCAAAAAGACUUCAUCGAGACAUACCUUGAUAACCAAGUAUAGCUGAUGUACUCCCUUUGAACUAUAAAUACAUAGAUGCAUAUUUAGGGAAUUAUAGAUAGUGCUGUGGCGCGCAUAGCCGUAGCCCAGUCUUGUGCCGUGUGUCUGGCUGUUUGUCCGUCUGCAUGUGUGUUUUUGUCCGUCCGUCUGGCUGCCUGUCUUCCUGUUUGUCCACGUCUCCACUGCCACUAGCCGACGUGUGGGUGAGCCUGGCUUUUCCUGAGGCGUGGCGGUUGUGUAUGGAUGGUGGGAACAGCGACGCUUUGCUGUUUGAGGCGGAGAGGAAGCGUAUCGAAAAAUAACUGCAACUAUGUACUGUAUACCUUUACGUGAUCUCUAUAUCUAUCCGGGUCUCAAAGAUUGUUCGUUAGUUUACUCUCUUCUUCAGCCUGUGUAUCUGAUUGUCUGCUGAUCUAUUACUCUUUAAUGUACAUAUAUAUAUAUAUAAAUAUAUACAUGCAAACACACACCACACAAUAUUUCCCAUAUUUACCCAAAUCACGCUGUAUUUUGUUCACAAAACACAAUGUCUGUGCACUGUAAAGAAAUAUAAUUUAAGCAAAGAUUUGCAGAAGAUUAUCUAACCUUAUUCAAAGCUAUGUUUACAAAAUCUUAAAAGGAACCCGUAUUUAAAGGAAUAACCUGUAACAUCUCUUUUCAGGGUGCCUUAAGGCCUGAUGAAAUACAUUAUGGAAUAAAAGUGAUUUUGAAGAAAAAAGAA